GCGACAAGGUAGGCUGUCACUCUGCAAAAGCUGCUCAGAGCAGACUCUCCUCUGAAAAGCAGCGUUCCUUUUCAGAAAGACUGGCUCAAAGGCUGCCUGGAGACAAGAAGCCUUCAGUAUGCGGAAUUACUUUCAUUACGUAUUUUCAGAUGCCUAUUGACUCCACAGGAGGAAGAGUGAGGGACUGCAGCCGAGAAGCCGUAUGUUGCCGGUUCUAUACAUUAGCGGACUGCUGAAACAAUGGCACAGGACACACAUUCCCAUUAAGGUCAUUCUGGAGAGGUUUUGAUGACCCUCUUCCCUGAGCCCUCUACUAACAAAUGAACAAAAUGAAACAAUCAAAACUGGAAAUGCUUCAGCUACAACAAGAAGUGGUCAAAUCUUUAGCAGAGGGCCCACAACUAAUUCCAUAUGUACAACUGACGAUAUGAAGAACGCCACUACCUGAGCAGCUCUAUAGCUCUCUGAACCACAAACUGCUAGAUAUUCUUUUAACACAGGACUUUUAAGGAACUAAGGAGUUAACGCUUCGGAUUAGCUCGGCUGGAACGUAACAAGCUGACAGCAUCCCGUGAAGAUGCUACACAGAAUAACCACGAAAAGGGGGGAAAAAAUAGAAUUGUAAAAGCCUAAAGACCACGGGAAAAUGUUUUAAAAGGAAAGAUCUAGCACUUUAACACAGCAGAAUUAUGGACACUAUUGGAUUCUGCAGGAACCCGUGAAGCAAAACCUUCAAAGGGAAAACAGCACGACAUAUCAGUAAGCAAACGAAGCUUUAGCAAGUGUUUUCUGUACUAUCCAGAUAUUCACAGCAAUUGAUUUAACUAAUAGAGUUUUCCAUCUGAGCUUUAUGACCAAUUAUGUAUCCUCUUCUAAUGAGAACAAACCAAAUUAAAUAGCAGAUGGUUUUUAUCAAAAGAGCAUGUACUGGAUUUAUAAUAUAAAGCAAAUUAUGUGAUCAAGAAAUCAUUUUGAAAUAAUGAGAACUGCUGCAGAAACAGACUGCAAACAAAUGGAUAUCUAAAUGCAUUUUAGAAGCUAGAGACAUUAUGUUUCCUUUUCUGUCUUCACAUACUCUGGAAAACAAAGAGACACAACCUAUAUUCUUUCAAAAAGGAAGUGUAAUUUCUAUCAUUUGAUGAAGUUUCGUUUGUCCAUGACUUUCUGAGGAGGAAAAAAAAAACCACGAAAAUUGUGUGCUGUUCUUUAGAAAUCCAUCAGCCAACUAAAUCUCACAAUUUGUACAGCUGAAGUACUCAAAUAACAAAAGAAUGAAUUCCUGCAAGACAUGAAAUAAAACACACUGUUAUCAGGGAAAAAAUUCAUGUCAAAAUUGUCACUGACAUCAUGUAUCAAUUUGUGGAAAACUACCAUGGUGAGCCAAAAGGCCCAUAAGGCAGCAGGAAACAGGGGAAACACCAACUGUUCCAAAAGAAUGUGUUUUUCUCCUGUUCUGGGAAUCAACAUGCAGUCUGAAUCAAACAUUACAGUGCGAGAUGACAUUGAGGACAUCGACGCCAAUAUGUACCAACCACUAUCAUACCCAUUAAGCUUUCAAGUUUCUCUCACUGGAUUUCUCAUGUUAGAAAUUGUGCUGGGACUUGGCAGCAACCUUACUGUAUUGGUACUUUACUGCAUGAAAUCCAACUUAAUCAACUCAGUCAGUAACAUUAUCACAAUGAAUCUCCAUGUACUUGAUGUAAUAAUCUGUGUGGGAUGUAUUCCUCUAACUAUAGUGAUCCUUCUGCUCUCACUGGAGAGUAACACUGCUCUCAUCUGCUGUUUCCAUGAAGCCUGUGUUUCCUUUGCAAGUGUUUCGACAGCAAUCAACGUUUUUGCUAUCACUCUGGACAGAUACGACAUCUCUGUAAAACCUGCAAACAGAAUUCUGACAAUGGGCAGAGCUGUAAUGCUAAUGACAUCCAUUUGGAUUUUUUCUUUCUUCUCAUUCCUGAUUCCCUUCAUUGAAGUAAAUUUUUUCAGUCUUCAAAGUGGAAACGCAUGGGAAAACAAGACACUGCUGUGUGUCAGCACAAGUGAGUACUACACUGAGCUGGGGAUGUAUUAUCACCUUCUGGUUCAGAUCCCCAUCUUCUUCUUCACAGUUGUAGUGAUGCUCAUCACAUACACCAAGAUACUUCAGGCUCUGAACAUCCGGAUAGGCACCAGAUUCUCAACAGGGCAGAAGAAGAAAGUUCGGAAGAAAAAGACAAUCUCUCUAACCACACACGAGACCACAGACAUGUCACAGAGCAGUGGUGGGAGAAACGUGGUUUUUGGUGUGAGAACUUCAGUCUCUGUCAUAAUCGCCCUCCGGCGCGCUGUGAAGCGCCACCGGGAACGACGAGAACGGCAGAAAAGAGUCUUCAAGAUGUCUUUAUUGAUUAUUUCUACAUUUCUUCUCUGUUGGACACCAAUUUCUGUUUUAAAUACCACAAUUUUAUGUUUAGGCCCAAGUGACCUUUUAGUAAAAUUAAGAUUGUGUUUUCUAGUCAUGGCUUAUGGAACCACUAUAUUCCACCCUCUCUUGUAUGCAUUCACCAGACAAAAAUUUCAAAAGGUCUUAAAAAGCAAAAUGAAAAAACGAGUUGUUUCCAUAGUUGAAGCUGAUCCCAUGCCUAACAAUGCUGUAAUACACAACUCAUGGAUAGAUCCUAAGAGAAAUAAAAAGGUUACCUAUGAGGACAGUGAAAUAAGGGAGAAAUGUUUGGUACCUCAGGUUGUCACAGACUAGGGAGAAGUCUAAGCUUCACCAAAUCUACAUUCAGAAGAGUUUUAAAUUUAAAUUGUAAAAACUGAUUACUGCCAAAUGUAAGAGAAAAACAUUCUCAGUAUUGGUUAUGUUGUAAAUUUUCAAUGUGAAUGUCAAUUAGAUUAGGUCAUAUAUACUCAAUUUCUUCAUUAUUUAAUGUAUUUGUUGCAUGGCAGUUUGUUAAAAGUAAUAUCAUGUGUAUAUUGUCAAUAUUAUGUCCAUCAGAAGAUACUCAUGUAAGUCAUAUUUUCUAAAGAAUAAAUACAUAGCCUUAAAACAGUGUAUAACUUUAAAAUGUAACUGACACAGGUAUCUACAUUUUUAAAUGUAUGAAACCUAUUAUUUCUAAGCCACAACCUAGAUAUAUUUAUAUGAGAAGUUGCAUAAAAUUUAACACAAAAAUUAUAGUCUCAGAACAAUCAAGGGAAGAUUUUCGGUACCACUAUGUUAUAUUUCUGUUAUGAUAAACUUGUUAUUAUAUUUUAACAAAAAUAAUGAACUAUAUAUAAACCUUAUUCUUUCUUAUAUAUAACACUUACGUGGGCAACCAUAGACUAUAUUAGUAUUUUAAAACCAUGAACCAAUUAAUAAAUCAAUUCUGUAUAUGCACACAAAAUUAGGGAAAUUUUUCUAGUUCAAGCUUAUUACAUAAAAAGAUUGAAUUCUAUUACAAGGAUGAUAUGCCUGUAAUACAAAUGAACCAACAAUAAAGGGAGGGAAGAAAGCUACAUUAACACCAGCCUUGUUCCUUCACCCUCAUUUUGCCUGAUUCUACACCAAAUAUUCUAGGUUAUGAGGAAAUACUGGUUUUAAAAACUGCAAUAAAAUAAUUUUUAAUUUAAUAACAACUCUACCAUUUUUGUAUAACAGAAAUUAACCACGUAAUAGGGAAGACUGAGCAGAGGAAAGAGAGGCUCCUUUCUGUCAACUGUAGAAAAGCCUAACAAAGGCAGCUGUUUCUAAUUUUAGAUUCAUUGCAACUUAUGUGUGGUAGAAUUUCUACAAUGUUCCUUCCUAGUCACCUGUGGUAGAAUUUAUACAUUGUUCCUUCUUAGCCUUCAAACUACAGCAGCUCUGUUUCCACUCUCCAGGUGAUUAAAGCAACAAUAAACUGUGUCACAUUUCUAUUCCACCACCAUGUCACUUGAGCAUUUUUCUCUCAAACCCUCAAUACAUGUUAGAAAAUGAUUACUAAUUGUAAUUAUAGAUUGUAAGGAAUAUGAAUAAUUUUGUAACAAACAAGAAUUUAUUACUUGCUAUAAUAAUCUGGCAAUCUGUAGUAAUAAUAAAGACUUAGCAACAAUUUAUUUAAAAUAGGUAAAAUACCUACUAUAUAUAUUACAACCAGUUAGUUUAACAAGAAUUAUUCUAUAUUUUAAAUACUAUAUUCAAUAAAUGAAGUAAAAUCAUUUUUAAAUUUAAAAUCUCAUGUUAAACAAUUCAUUAUCUAUCAUUUUUAUACAAAUAAAUGAGAUUCAUUUAAUCAACUUUAAUGACUAGCCUAAUCCCUAGGAAAAAGAGCAUGCUACAGGAGCUUGAAGUCACUAAGGUUUCUGGCAAGCUAAACUGAUUUAUUUCUGAUAAUAAUGCUAGCGUGUCAAAACUUGGCAAAGACCUGCUUUCCUACUGCUUUACGAAAUUAAAGAAAUACUGCAGUUUGACAAAAUGUAACAUAAUCGAUUAAUUUUUUAAACCCUAAAAUUAAGACUUAAUGGUGUUAAGAAAUUUUUCACUCAAUAAAUGCAUUUGGCUUACAAUAUCUAACACCUUAACUAAAACUUUUAAUGCAUUUUGUACUUGAACUUCCAAGCAUGACUUAAAAUAUUAGCACCUAGAUUUACAAUCUUAAUUUUAAAAACUAGACUACUUUUAGUGUUCAUGUUAAGAAAUACCUUCACUGUGUUUUCAGUACUUUUAAUCAUAAGGUUUAAUAAGCAUUACAAAGAAUUUAGUAUAAAAGUAAGUUUCUGCCAUGUUGGCCUAAUAGUUUCAUGCAUUCUGAUUUCUGUACUAAAAAAAAAUAAAUAGCAAUCAUUAUAACUUUGCCCUGUAAGCUGCUAUUUGUGCACUGAGCAUCAGAGUAAACUAUUAGGCAUUUUGCCCUACUGUAACGAAUUCUUGUAGGAUAAAAGUGUACACCUAUUGAUUUAUAACAAGCAAAAUCUACACUUCCCAUACCUCACAGAAACCUCAAGUAGCUUUUUAAUGUGUUAAACAUACAGUGUGUAAAAACUUUGUUUUAAAAAAAAAAGAAAGAAAGAAAGCAACUGUUGAUCUUGUGGUAAAUGAGAGCUUAGACGAUCUUAAGUUUUCCUUGAUUUUUCAUUCCUCUAUGGACAAACAGAAGCAUUGUUUUCCUCACGAUGUCUUUUGCUUCAAUGUGCAAAUUCUUUACGCUUCACUAGUAAUUUUACUCCAAAAAGCAUCCUUGCUAACUUUUCCUCUAUUGAAAAUACAAUAGAGGCAUGAGUUAAUUUGUAUAGACAGCAUCUUAUAAUUUUAUUUUUAUAACUAUGUGCUUUCAAUCUAUGCUGUCGGGCAGAGAUGCUACCUUCUAUAUUCAGUCAAGUUAACUAUUCAAAGCAUAAGGUUCAUAAAAUUCAGAAAUUUGUAUUGCCUUUCUUGUUCUAUUGACAAUUUAGUAAAUUUAUUACUUGACCAAAAAGAUAUUCAAACUUAUUAUAGAGAUUAACUUUUUUUACAAUUAUGCUUUUUAAAAGACUCUAUUCUAUACUUGACAACAAUGUCAGUCAUAUUAAUGUAAGUUUUUCAUCUCAAAAAGAGCUACAGCAAAACAUCAGUUCUCCAGGUUAAAACUGUGGCUUCCCCAGUCAGUCAGGUGCUCCAAUGGAAAAGCAAUCGCCACACAAGUGUGACAACCCUAGUUUGACUCCUGACCCACAAAGUGGUCCUCUGACCUCCAAACAUACUGGUCUUUGAACAUGUAUGUACACACACUCUAAAUAAAAAUAUUUUGUAGUCAGACUCAGGAAUAAACAAUCUAAAAUUUAAGAAAACAAUUACUAGAAUUUUAUUACACACAGAAUCUGAGGCUAUAUUUCAGGGUGAAGGUAUACAUCAAGCACUGCUUAUCAGAAAUGCUUGGUAUGGAGGAUUUCAGAUCGCUGUAGGUAUUUUGGAAUACCUGUAUAUAUUUUAUGGCAUAACUUGCAGAUGGGCCCAAUUCUAAUUAAGAGUUUCAUCUAUUUCAUAAACACAUAAUCUAAAGGUAAUUUUAUGCCAUAUUUUUAAUGUGUCUGCAUCUGAACUGAAACCAUCACAUUAGGUAAAGUGUAGAAUGUUCCUCCUGUAUCUUGUUCAAAAGGUUUCAGAUUUAAGAAUAUUUGGAUUUUAAGAUGAAAGAUGCUUGAGAUAUCUUAAAAAGUGUAAAAGUACCUGAAAGAGGAGGCAGGUUGCAAAAGGUGAUAAAAGAAGAAUAUUUUAAGAGACCAAAAGAGAAAACAAUUAUACAGAAUUAAAUAAUAGCAUAAUAAAAGUACCACUGAUGAAAACUACUACAGCAUAUUCCAGAAAAAAAGAAAAUUGUUGUUUGGAAGGAAAGCUGUUUGGGAAGUUAUCUUGGGGCCAUUAUACAAGGUCUGAAACGCCAGCAGAAACACAGGAGCAAGGGAACAACAAGAAAAGGACGAGCCUCCAAAAUCACCAACAACAGAGUUAGAGUAUAACAUGCAUAGAACGGGCUGAGGAGGGCUCAAAGAACAGGACAGCAUUGCCGUUGCCCUGAUACUAGAGAGGGUCUGGCCAAAAUGAUUGCAGUAGCCCAGCAAAGGGCAAACAGCUGGGACAGGCAGUUACAGCUACUUACAGCCACAAUCAACAGGACACAUGAGCAACCAUGAAAAACAGAUUACCUUCCAUAAAGGAGAUAUUUAAUUACACACUGUUCAAAGUACAUCAACAACAAGGGCCAAAUGGCAAGAAUCUGGGGGUAGAAAAUUCAAUAAAGCAAAAUGAAUAUUCCUCAUGAAUGUUUUUAUUACCAGAAAAUAUUUAGACUGAUGGAUUUUUUUUUGGAGUUUUUUGUUUUAUUUUGUUUUCUUGGUUUUGGCUUUUGAGACAGAGUUACACUAACCCUGGCUGGUCUGGAACUAACUACACCAACCUGAAUGGUUUCAAACUCAGAGACAUCUGCCUUUGCCUUCCAAGUGCUGGGAUUCAAGGCAUGAACCACCAUACGUAGCAUCUAAGAUAAAAUUUUAAGACUGAUUUUUCUAAAUCAUCUACUUUAUAUACCUUAGUUAAUCCAUUGCAUCUUCCCACUAAAGCAUCUUUUUGAAUAGUUUCAUUUAUGGGGAAUUAAAGAGCCCUGGUUUACAAGACCUGAGCUCCCGCACCACUUAAAAUGAAGUGUGAUGGCACCAGCCUGGUCAGGAGGGUCAGAGGUUACUAGGGUCAUCCGUGGCUACACAGUGUGAAAUGCCGAGCUUAGGGCUAACCUGGUUACAUGAAACCAUUUCUCAAAAGAGAAACCACAUAUAAUAGAAAACAAAAAUAUCGUCCUUUGCUUUUUUAUCCCAAUAAUUCAUAGUAAGCAUCUAUUCAACUCACUAUAUUCACAUCUUCAUUCUUUGCUAAUGGCUGCAUAGGUUUUUGUUGUUGUUUGGUUUGGGUUUGUUUUUUUUUUUAAGAUAGGGUCUCACUAUGUAGUUCUGGUUGUCUUGGUACUCACUCUGUAGACCAAGCUGGCCUAGAACUCAGCAUCUAACUCCCAAGUGCUGAGAUGAAAGGCAUAUGUCACUACUUCUGGCUCAUAAAUAUAACAUUUUAAAUUAAGAUUUUUAAAAUAUAGCAAUAUUAAGAAAUAUUGACAAAGUAUAAAAUAAUUAAAUCUUUUUUUAUAGACUCAAAUAGCUUCGAGCUAUAUUUCAAGAUCACCUUGGAAAACUGCAAAAAAGGUUUCUAUUUCUUAACUUGGUAUCAG